AGCCCCUUCAUCAGCUUGACAAAUAGAUGUUUCAUAUUGUGAGAUUUGAAUUAAAAAUCAUAUCACCAUUGUUACUGGACAGCAGGGACCCCAAUAAUGUGGUUACCAAAGCAUAUAAUACCAAAACAACAGAGCUGUGGUGACUGACAUACGGUUAGCUGGCUGGCUAGCUCGCUAGCAUUAGCUUUGUUAUUGUUGCCGACGUUCCGUUAGGCUGCUUCUGCUGUGAGCUCUCUGCAGAUAAGGCCACAUGUCGCUUUUACUAAGAUAUGAAAACCAUCAUCAAUGUCAACGUUUUCCACCUAACGGCACUGUAGUGUUAGCCACGUGACGUUAUCGAUAGUUCCACAGAGGGACCAGAAUGUCUGUUUUUUAAAUUGGGCUCUGUCUAUUCCCUGGAAGAUGAGCGCAAUGUAGCUUCCAUUAGCGUUAUUUCUCAUGGGAUGUGACGAUGGACCGCGGAGUCUAGCUACUAUUCACACAAUGCGGGAAUGUAACGUAUAUUUACGAUUGAUGUUCAAUAAAUUAAAUAAAGUAAAUACUGUAACAUUAGGGUUUGUUUCAGUCAUAUUUCGUGACACCGGCAUCACACUGCCGCUGUUGCCUCAAUGCUAAAUCUAGCUCCGCGGUCUCCCUCCACCUUCUAUCGUUACUCUCUUCAUGUUGCUCUUUAUGUUUUAAUUGAUUGAAAAUGCUCAUUGUUAAACGUUUUCGUUUUGAACUGCUCACUUCCUAACCAAAUGUCGGUGCCAUUGACACUCCUCCUUUGCCUCAUAUGAGCAGCAUUGUUUAUUUACUGUAUAAGACACUUUACAUUUCAUCUCAUUAAUUGAAUACAUAUAAAUGCAUCACUUUACAUCUGGUGGUAUGCGACAUCACAUUCUAUAAACAGGUCAGAUAUCAGGCGUCACUCAUUUCCUUCUGGGGAUGAUUACAGUAUGUAUCUGACUAUCAUGUAUUCAGUUACUAAAAUAUUUACCAUGUGCAGUUCCACAUUGAGUGCUAUUUGGAAUCAGCAAUUAACACACAGAUAACCUUGAUUUAUAAAGUGAAUUGCCAGUUACAUUUUCAUAUGCACUUCAUAAUUGCAGAUUUUUUUUUUCAUGACAACAUGGUGUCACAAUGGUGCCACAUUGUAACAGAAUACAUAGGAGACUUCACCUUUGUGGAUAUGAAAAUGUUUUAGUUUCAUAGCUUCUGUGUCACAAAGGUGUUGAUCCAAUGGUAUGAGGAUGUUAAGGCUUGUUGUGUUGCUCUAUCUGCUUGCAUUUCACUGUACUUGUAAGAUGUGUUUGAAAAAAUAAUCCAAUUCAUAGAUUGUUGAUGAUGAUACUCAUGCUGUUUUGUCCACACACCCCUUCAAAAAGUAACUUUAGUAGAAGUUACGUGCGGUCUCUGCUUCAAGCCAGAAGGCCAUCUCUGCCGAAACAACCUCAGAUUGGCUGUUUCUGUUAAAUAUAUGGUAUGAUGGUGCUCUUUAUGUGCGUCUUCCUGUUCCAAGCAUAUCUCAACAAUAGAAAUGUUCUGAGUGUUAAAGAAAAUGAAUAAGCCAUGUUUUAAGAAUUACGUUUUAAAUGAUAAGUCUGAUGACAAAAGAAACCUUUUUUCUUUACCUUUUAGUAAAGAAAAUCUGUUUUUCAUGGUUUAAUAAUUUACAAUUUUCCCCACUCUGCAUUUUUCACCAGCAAAUGGUAAUGAGCCUUCGAGUUUCGGAGCUCCAAGUGUUGUUGGGGUAUGCUGGGCGGAAUAAGCACGGGCGCAAACACGAACUUUUGACCAAAGCUAUCCACCUACUCAAGGCUGGUUGCAGUCCCGCAGUGCAGAUGAAGAUCAAAGAGCUCUACAGGCGGCGCUUCCCAACCAAAAUGGUUUCGCCGGUCAACCUGGCUCUGCCCAGUGCUCACUCUGCCUCCAGCCUGCCUGCUGGCCUUGCCCAGCUGGGAUUUGACAGCCACGGUUCUGCAUCGCCUCUGCUGCCUGUUUCUUUACUUGGGCCUAAGCAUGAGCUGGGUUUGCCUCACCUCCCCUCCGCCCUUCACCCGGUACAUCCUGAUGUCAAGCUCCAGAGAUUACCAUUCUACGACGUACUGGAUGAGCUCAUUAAGCCAACUAGUCUGGCCUCAGACAACAGUCAACGGUUCCAGGAAGCAUGUUAUGCUUUUGCAUUAACACCACAGCAAGUUCAACAGAUCAGCAGCUCCAUGGACAUAUCUGGGACCAAAUGUGACUUUGCUGUUCAAGUUCAGUUACGAUUUUGUUUAUCAGAGACCAGCUGUCCCCAAGAGGAUCAUUUCCCCCCUAAUCUGUGUGUGAAGGUGAACAGCAAACCCUGUAAUCUCCCGGGAUAUCUUCCUCCAACCAAAAAUGGAGUUGAACCAAAAAGGCCCAGUCGCCCCAUCAACAUAACCUCUCUUGUCCGACUGUCCACCACAGUCCCCAACACAAUUGUGGUGUCAUGGACUUCAGAAAUUGGGAGGAGUUUUUCCAUGGCUGUUUAUCUGGUAAGACAGCAGUCGUCUGCAGUGUUGUUGCAAAGGCUGCGGGCGAAAGGAAUUAGGAACCCUGACCACUCAAGAGCUCUGAUCAAAGAGAAAUUAACAGCUGAUCCAGAGAGUGAGAUCGCCACCACCAGCCUACGAGUCUCUCUCCUGUGUCCUCUGGGGAAGAUGAGGCUGACGAUCCCUUGCAGAGCGUUGACAUGUUCUCACCUUCAGUGCUUCGAUGCUACACUUUACAUCCAAAUGAAUGAGAAGAAGCCGACCUGGGUGUGUCCAGUCUGUGACAAGAAGGCCCCCUAUGAGCACCUCAUUAUUGACGGGUUGUUCAUGGAAAUCUUGAAUAGCUGUUCUGACUGUGAUGAAAUCCAGUUCAAAGAAGAUGGAAACUGGUCCCCCAUGAGGUCGAAGAGAGAGGUGCAGGAUGUGUCUGCUUCGUACAAUGGUGUCGACAGCGAUUCGUCUCGGACAGAUUCGCAUGAGCACAAACGGAGAUCGUCUCACGACAACGGCAAGAAUGUUGACGUGAUUGACCUCACACUGGACAGCUCCUCAGAGGAGGAGCUAGAUGAUGAGCCGCCUCUUAAAAGAGCCUGUCCCUCGCUGUCACCUGUCUCUCCACCUCCGAGCAAGGGAGUACUUAACCUACACAGCCCGUCCCCUCCUCUGAGCAGAGCACCCAGCAUGCCCACCGUGGAGACCAGCUACAUUCCUCCCCCUCCGCCUCUUAUCCAGGACUAUCGCCACUAUUACCACACAACGAGUGACCUGCCAGAUCUAAAUUUCUUCUCCUUCCUCCAAGGCGACAAUCAGCAUUACAACAUGGUGAUGGCUGCCGCGGCAGCUGCUUCGGCUUCGGCAUCGGAGGACCACGACUUGCUGCUGAACCGCUUCUUGCCCUACGGCUCCCCUCAGAUGUUGCGGGAGCAGCCGGGCACCCCGGGGAGCAGCACGCUGGCCGCCACCAACGGGGGCAGCAACAGUGGCAGCACCAGUAGUUUGGUGUCUUCCAGCAGUUUGCGGGACUGCGACAAAGACAGAGAGCGAGACAGAGACACCAUCUCGGGAUUGUCGAGGUCCUCAGUGGAAGCUGCAGCGGCGGCGGCCAUUUAUGGCUCCAUAUCUGACGUUAUCUCUCUUGACUAGACCCACACAAAACUGAAAGACAUGACGGGAGACCUCGGGAACAGGAGUUCUUUGUAAAUAAGGAAGGGGAAGAUGAAAGAAUACAGUGCUAUGUACAGAGAGGAAAAUCUAUUUUCAAUUUACUUAUCGUAUGUAUAUAAACUUAGGACGCUUCUUGUCCGGUGAGUUACUUCAGUUGAUAUUUUUCUGUGAAUACUGAAGACUUUUUCACAUUUCUUCAUGUGGUCCUUUGAUUAUAUUGUACCUUUUGUACCUGGUUUUUACAGUUUUGUUCUGAUAUUUCAUGUCAAUUGCAUUAUUUCAGUAUGAUAUGUGCACAGAACCCAAUGAGGUGACACCUUAUGUAACAUGAUAUUUAAAGUAUAAAGAAAAUGGGCAUUGUUAUAGAUGUGCAAAAGGCGAGUCACAGCAAAACAGGAAAAUGUGUAACACUUUCUUUUAUAAAUGGCAUAGUUUCUGUCGAAACAGUUUUGACAGCAGAAAGAUCUGGCCAUUUUUGCCAUCACUGUAGAUUUUUCUGUAAAACAUUGAUGCUGUUGUCAUUUUAUUGUCACGGAAUUAUUUAUGAUGUAAGUUAUGUUGUAUGUAUGCUGUUUUUUAAAGAAGCAUUCCGUAUGCCUCUAGGAACCGUUGCCACUAGAAUUUAAACGCUAGAUCCUUCUUCGUCAGAACUCAGCACUCGUCUCUCAAAUAUGAACCAUAGUGUAUAGUUUACACUAUACCCAAAAUACAUAUAAACUGGUAGUUCGUCGGUAUUGUAAGACCAGGUUUUUCCAAUGUGUAAAUGGAUGGCACGCCUGUUUUAUUUGGAAUACUACACUCAAAGAUAUUCACGAAAGAUGACAUGUUUCGAGACGGCUAGUUUGUGGUCCACUUGAGGUGAUUUGACAUUUCAUGAUGCAUUUAUGUUAUUUUAGCACUUGAUCUUUACGUAAAGGCUGUGUGGAGCAGUGAAGAGUCCACAAUUGCAGGGAACACUUCCAGAGUUGUUUCCAGCUUUGCAUGUCCCUGCAAAUGGCCUGAAAACUGACCUGUUGUGUGCUAUGCCGUUCCUUACUGAGGCCACAGGAUGCAUAGCCUUCAUGUAACCGCCUCUAAGGGAACAGUGAUCGCUUAUUCUCUUGAGUGUUUCGCAACAUGCAUUUUGGCCCUGAAGUUAAAACCAUUGAAGUUAUUAUGGACGCGUACCUUCCCUUUAUUUUUCUUGACUUGUGCUUACAAUUAGGAUUAUUUAUUAUCAUAUAUAUUUUAAGCAUUUGUUUGAUUUUUGGAUAUGCAUUGCUGUCAUUGUAUGUGAUAUUUCUUUUGUAAUGAUAUAAUUAAUGCUAUUUAAAGAUGUCAUAGUUGCUUGACAUGCAUUGUAACAUUUUCUGUUUGUUUUACUAUCAGAUGAUGUCAAUAACUCAAUAGAGGCGUUGAUCAUUUUGAACCGCUACAAGGUCUACUGUGCUGUUUGAUACUUGUAGGAAUUAAACAGAUAUAAGAAAGUGAA